ACUCUGCCGGAAGUAACGCAGAAGAAGAAGAAGAAGCAGUAGUAAAGAUGGCGGAGAAUAACGCGGAUCGUACGGAGGAUGCCAACAUGGAUAAAGAUGUUUCUCCCGGAGGAUCUAUGAUGAUGAUAACUGUCAAAACCCCCAAUGGAAAAGAGGAAAUUUCGAUUUCGGAGGAUUCUUCUGUGUCCCAGUUUAAACAGGAGGUGUCCAAGAAGUUUGAAGCCCAGCAGGACCAUCUGGUGUUGAUAUUUGCUGGAAAGAUUCUGAAGGAUGGUGAUACUUUAAGCCAGCACGGUAUCAAAGACGGGUUGACUGUUCAUCUUGUCAUCAAGACUGCCCCAAAAUCGACAGGUGACGGUACAUCUCAGACAAGUUCCAGUUCUGCAACACCUCAAAAUAAUAGAAGCAGCACCAACGCCACUGUAGCAGACAGAGCAGGAGGUGGCAUGUCUCAGACGCCAACACAACCUGCUAAUGCAAUGGGUGGACUCGGUGACCUGUCCGGCUUGUUGGGUCUGGGCAUGGGUUCAUCCAGCUUCAUGGAGAUGCAGCAGCAGGUGCAGAGUCAGCUGAUGUCCAAUCCACAGAUGCUGUCGCAGAUGAUGGGAAACCCGAUGGUCCAGAACAUGAUGUCCAACCCAGACCUGAUGAGACAAAUGUUAGCAGGCAAUCCUCAGAUGCAGCAGCUCGUGGAACAGAACCCGGACGUCUCCAGCAUGUUCAACAACCCCGAGCUCAUGAGACGGAUGCAGAGUCCCGACACGCUGUCUAUGAUGACCAACCCCAGAGCCAUGCAGGCCCUCAUACAGAUCCAACAGGGCCUGCAGACCUUACAGGCAGAAGCCCCGGGAUUCAUGUCCAGAUUGUCUCCUGGAGGUCUCGCGGUUCCUCCAGCCGGAGGGGGCAGCAUCCUGCCAGAGAUCCCUCUGCCUCCUACCAUGGCAACAGCAUCCAGUCCCUCCUCAGCCACCAGUCCCUCUCAGCAACAGCUCAUGCAGCAGAUGUUACAGAUGUUUACAGGCGGCGGACCAUCACUUCAGACCCCCGAGGUUCGUUUCCAGCAGCAGCUCGACCAGCUCAACACCAUGGGCUUCAUCGACCGCCAAGCCAACCUGCAGGCACUCAUCGCCACAGGAGGGGAUGUCAACGCCGCUAUCGAGAGACUGCUGGCCUAACUCUCUGUUCAUUCUGCGGUUGAGGGUGGACGACUGGUAGAGUGGGUGGAGGGCUGGCGUGGUAGAUUUAUGGUGAAUAUAUGAAUACAGUCCUACAUCAAAUGCAAGUCUGACCUGACACCUAGAUAGGCGCAGUGGUAAAUCAUAGUGGGAGAGGUUGGGGAAGGAUGUUGUUGGUUUCUAACAGAAUUGCUAAUAUGCUAAAUGCCGUGGCAGCACUGCUACUGUGAAAUGACGCCAUGACUAUCACUGCCGCGACCAAUGAGUUACUCCAGCCGGUGCUGCCGGAGAUGAUUUCUGACAUGACAAGUGCUCAUUCAUGGAUGUCUGCAUGAGGUUACCCAGGAAUAAACAUUUAAUAGUUA